AUGGUCCUUGCCCAACUCGGGCUUCUCGGCCUUGCUUCUGCUACCUCACUCCCGUGUUCGAUCAAUGCCUUUCAGAAGAUCCUCAAUGAGAAUGGUCUCAAUGGUACCGUGACUGCUGCGAGUAGUAUUGCCACCAAUGGAACUUACGAGGUCUCUGAUGACGAGGCUUAUCCUACCUCACCCGCGGGUUUGCCUGCGCUUUGUCAGUUGGAGGCCAAUAUGACUACCGAGGCCGGCACCACCUACAACUUCGGUCUCUUCCUCCCCAAUGAAUGGAAUAACCGAUUCCUUGCCGUUGGAAACGGCGGAUACGCGGGUGGAAUCAACUGGAUUGACAUGGGAGCCGGCGCUGGAUACGGCUUUGCUGUCAUGUCAACCGAUACCGGUCACCAGGGAAGCUAUGAGUCCACCUCUUGGGCAUACCACAAUGAAGAAUCGGUCGUGGACUGGGCCUGGCGCGCUCUUCAUGAGGCCACUGUGACCUCGAAGGUCAUCAUCAAAGACUGGUAUGGCCAGAAGUCUGAGUACAACUACUACAGUGGCUGUUCAGUCGGCGGAAGACAGGGUCUUCGUGCCCUUCAGUUGUUCCCUGAGGACUAUGAUGGAGUAUCCGCUGGUGCUCCUGCCUGGUGGACUAACCACAAUCAGCUGUUCGCCCUCAAGGUCUUGCUCUGGAACUUCCCGGAAGAUGCAGAGCACACGAUCCCCGCAUCUAUGUUCGAUGUCAUUGGUGACGAAGUUCUCAAGCAGUGCGAUCCUCAGGAUGGGAUGAUCGACACUAUCAUCAGCGAUCCUCUGGGUUGCAAUUUCGACCCUUUGGCUCUUCUUUGCAAGGGAGAGAACAGCAUUGACUGUCUCAGUGGCCGUCAGAUUGAUACUCUCUAUCAAAUCUACGGCGAUUGGGUUGAUGUCAACCAGACCUUUGUCUUCCCUCACUACCUGUAUGGCACUGAGUCAUCCUGGAGCAUGGCCGUUGGCACUGGCUCCCUCUCCUCCAUCGACAAUCAGGCCGGGUAUGCCCAGGAUCUCCUCGGAUACGGCCCUGACUGGAACUACACCGAUCUCAGCUAUGCGACUGUUCAGUACGGCGACAAGGUCAACCCCGGAAACUCGACUGCCGAUGAUUUUGAUAUCACCCCCUUCAAGGCUCGUGGCGGCAAGCUCAUCCACCACCACGGCCUGGCCGAUCCCACUCUUCCCACCGGCAGCAGUAUUUACUGGCACGGCCAUGUUACUCGUGCCCUGGCUCUCAGCAACACUACUGUGGGUGACUUCUACCGCAUGUUCCUCAUUCCGGGCAUGGAGCACUGCAUGUCCACUCCGGACUCUAUGGACGCUCCCUGGUACAUCGCGGGCGCCAACCAGGCUGCCCAGCUUGGUGACAAUGUCAGCGGUGUCCCCGGAUACCGCGACGCUAAGCACGAUGUCAUUCUCGCCCUGAUGAACUGGGUUGAGAAUGGUACCGCUCCCGAGUCGAUCAUUGCCACCAAGUACAAGGACGACUCGACUCACGAUGAGGUUCUUCGCCAGAGACCUAUCUGUCCUUUCCCUCUUCAGGCUAAGCACUCUGGAAGCGGGAACCCGGAUCUCCCUGAGAACUGGUCUUGUGAGAGUGUUUACUAA